UGAGUAUAUGAAGUAUUUAUACCGAUCUCAGGAUGUUUGCUUAAAAUAUCCUCGAGAAAAUAUAAAAAUAAAUUAAUUACGAUUUUGUUUAUUAAUAACGCUCAUCGACCGUUACGUGAAUUAAAUUAAAAAUAUACUUUUCGAACAUUAUAAGUUACGUUAACGUUAUACAGUUGAGCAAUUAGCCAAAAUUAUUAACCGGUCUUUUUUCCUUGUGUGAGAGAAAAAAAAAGCACAAAAAAAGUUUUGCAAUAAAAAAGAAGCAAUUAGCAUAAUUUUACUAAAGUUAAAAAUAUCAACAGCAGCAUCACAAAAACAUUCAGAACUUUACAAGACGUAACAAAGAAACUCUCACACAGUAUAUAAACCGGAUGUGAAAUGAGGGCAACAGUCAGUUGUUAAAAGACACCGAACGCGUAUACAAUGAAGAUUUUUAUAAUUUUAGCUCUCUUCUGCUGUUGCCACGCAGUUGAUCAACAGCAGCAACAACAUCAACAGCAACAUCCGCAACAACAUCAACAACAACAGCAACCGCAACAGCACCCUCAACACCAACACCAACAACAACAACAACAGCAGCAGCCUCAAAUCCAGCAACAUCAAUUGCAGCAACAGCAACAUCAGCAGCCAGAUACUCCACAGCCAACUCAACAAUCAGUUAGUCAUCAUGUACAGCAAGUUCCUCAGCAUCAUGUUAGUCAUGUUAUGCAACAAGUUCCGGUUGCCCAGCAGCAAGGAUGGACAAGCAGUACUGGAGGUCAGCAACAAAAGCCUCAGAAAGGACAACAAGUUGUCCAGCAACGUGUACAUGAAGUUAUGCAACAGGUUGAACAACAUGUACCGCAGGUUCUCAAUCAUCAUAACUCCUUAAAGAAGAAACAGCAGGAGACACAACAAGCACAACAUCAGCAACAUCAAACAACGCAAAGCAAACCGCAAAAUGCUCAAAAUGAAAAUCAAGGUACACAACAACAAGGUGUAACAAGGUCCAAGCGGUCUACGACAAGUGGAGUUCCAGUUGGAGAGCAGGUUAACAAGCCUGUGACACAAGCAAGCGUGCCACAGGGAUCUCACCACACGGUUCAUGUCAGUCAGCAAGCUUCUAGUCAAGCACCUCAUGUAGUUGAUCAGGUGGUAAAAGGUGGAAAUCGUGUGCAAAGUGCUGUUCAGGUGGUUCAUCAUGGGUCACAUUUUGUCGAUCAAACGUCGCAAGGAGUCAACCGGGUGCCGGAAACUCAUGUACCUCAUGGCACUCCCGCCAGCGGUCAAGCUCCGGUCGGAGCAAGUAGUGGUCAACACGGUGGUCCUCAAAGUGUCGAUCAAACAGCCACUGUACAAACUGGUAGCGUUCAAGUACCUCAAGUUGUUGCUGCUCAUGUAGCUGGUCAAAGCGCUCAUGCACAUCAAGGUUCUGCUCAAGGAACACAACACGGCUCUCAAGUGGGUACAGUCGUAGCACACUCUGGCGUCCAACAAGGCGUUCAUCAAGUCAAGCAACCAGUUUCUCCUGGCGCUAGUUCAUCAGUUCAACAUGGCGUGCAUGAUGUUAGUCACAUAGUUAAAGGAGAGAAUGUUGCACACCAAGAUAAUACCCAAGGAGUUACGGGACAUCCCGUUAAAGUGAAACGAACUACACCGCACGUAACGCAAGUCACCACACCUGGAAGUGUUCAAGGCGUAGUUACGCCAGUCUCGCAGCAUAUGCCACAGACAGUGAAUUCGCCGGCUGUGACUAAGCCUCAACAUGUCGGAGCAGUUGUUUCACAGGCAUCGCAGGCUGUUAGUCAAUAAAAGCAAAUGAAAAUUACAAAAGAAAUGAACUCAAAUCAAUGAAAUUAAAAGAGAUAAUCUACUGUUUGAAGUUCCCUAAUGUAAACUUCUUGAAAUCUUCCACGUAAUUAAAUGCAUUAAAUUAGUAACUUAAAGAUGGAAAGGAAUGUAA